UGACUGAGCAACCAUAGUGACAGGAGCCGAAGCAGCAGCUCAGGUUGUCCCCGUUCCCCCUCCCCUUCCCGUCUCCGGUUGACUUCCCGGGCCCCCUACACUCCAUAGUCCCGGUCCCGCCAUGUCCCAGAAGCAAGAAGACGAGAACCCUGCGGAGGAGACCGGCGAGGAGAAGCAGGACACGCAGGAAAAAGAAGGUAUUCUUCCUGAGAGAGCUGAGGAGGCAAAGCUAAAGGCCAAAUAUCCAAGCCUAGGACAAAAGCCUGGAGGCUCUGACUUCCUCAUGAAAAGACUCCAGAAAGGGCAAAAGUACUUUGACUCAGGAGACUACAACAUGGCCAAAGCCAAGAUGAAGAAUAAGCAGCUGCCAAGUGCAGGACCAGACAAGAACCUGGUGACUGGUGAUCACAUCCCCACCCCACAGGACCUGCCCCAGAGAAAGUCCUCACUCGUCACCAGCAAGCUUGCGGGAUUCCGACUGCCAGCCCCUGGCCCGUUGAGAAUGACCAGUGGACUCGCGGCUGUGUCUGGGGCCUUGAGUGGCCAAGUUGAAUGAUGCUGCCCGGGGCUCCGCCAGAUCCUGAGCCGCUGCCCACCCUGGGUCCUGUGCCGGCUCCUGCCCCUCCCUGCUUUUGCAGCCAGGGGUCAGGAGGUGGCUUGGGUGCGGGCUGGAGAGGCAGAAGCCCCUGCCCGUUGGUGUCCCAGCGCAUGGAGCCCCUUGGGCUGAGCACCAAGACCUUGAACCUUUUUUGUUUUACCUUUUUUUCCAAAAACUGUCGAGAGAAAUCUCAGUGAAAUCCCAGGGGUGGGGUUGAGAGGGUGGGAUGGGAGAUUUGGGUGAAUAAGAAUUAGGACUUAGAUAUGAUAAAACCAUCCUUGACUUUCUUCCUUCUUAAUCCAGUGGUUGGUGUGGGGUCAGUGGAAGGGGAGGAAGCAGAGUAGACUACUAAGGGAUUCUAAUUCAGGUAAUGCCUGGUGUGGUUGUGGCUGAAGACCAGGUGUCAGAUAAAAGUAGCUGUUGAUCUACAUACAACAGAUGCAAACAGCUCCUCUGACUGCAGAGCAAGCUGAGAAGCAUUGUUAAUUGUCCAUAAAAAGUCCUGUCCUUUAAAUAGAUCUGUUACGGGAAAGGGCAGCAGUGUGGGGGAGGAACCACCAGCGUGGGGAGCCCCACAGAGCCCAGGGACUUUUUCAGUAUUUGAAAUAAAAAACAAAAAAGACCCAUGAAAAAAACCCAACCCAGAAA